UUCCACACGGACAGAUAAAGCAGACGAACACGACGUGACUCGUAAACAAAACUCCGGUUUUACCACAACCCGACAGAGAUAUGAAAAACACUAUUUAAAUCAACAGAUCAUUCGUCGUUAACUCAAAAUUCAAACAGUUUGUCUUGUUCUUUUAUUUUUGACGACAAAUAUGGACGAUUAAAUACACGCUGCGUGUUUCAAAACUAGCCUUGUUGCUAACUUUAGUUACCUUGAGCUGUCAACAUACAGGAGCUUAAAUAGCUCAGAUUUCCUUGAAUUCGCGUUAUAGCUUUAGAGCGAAGAUUUUCUCUCUAUUAUUUCUUAUUCACAAAGAAAGACAAACAUUGUAACGAUUUAAUUUGAAACAUUGGUUUAGACCAAGCACGUGUGUUAUAUAGUACAGUACUGACUUUUCCAACACAGACACGCAUGAUGUUUAGCUUUUUAGGAUUCAAGAAGGACGGAGCGAAAAAGUCAUCUGAGAGAGAAACUGAUGGGUUUGUUCUUAUAGGUGAAACUCUGGAAGAGCAGCGACAGAAGAUACAAAGCUUGAACAUUGUGCAACCAGCAACAAAUGUAAUUGUACAGCCAUCUAAACCAUCAACUGCUGGGAACAGAGGAACCACAGAGAUUGCUCAGGCUUCCCUCCAGCCAACGUCAGCUAAGACAUCCUCAGAGACUCACAAUACAGACGUCACCCCUGCCCUGCCUGAACUUCUAGGGGAUAUACCAUUCACCUUAGCACCACAUAUCCUGGCCAUGCAGAUGAGUCUACCACUUGUUCCAGAUAUUGCCCUGCCUCAUGACAUGAGCGACAAGCUGGCCAACUUUUGUUAUGACUUUACGUUGGAGAACUCUGUGCUUUGUGAGAAUUGACUCGGUAUUGUCAGUUUAUCACUUACGGUGAACUAUGACCAUUUGAAUGACAGGAUAUUCCUUAACCGUUUGCCUUUUCCCAAGUAAAUGAACUAUGUUUUGCUGGUAUAAGGGGGGGGAGGGCUCGAGAUAGGAUAUUGUCCAUUUUGUUUAAAUUAGUGAAGUUAGUCAAAAUGGUUUACAGUCUCUCAGGAUGUUACACUUGUGUGAAAACACUAGGUGAGUAUUUAUAAGAUGAACGAUGGCUUUACAUUUUUUAAAACGUCAUGCAGAUUUUAUGGGUGCAGUUCUGUAUUUCGACUCUGCUUGGUCCUGUAGCAUAAGACGAUAUGCUGAAAUUAUUUUGAAACUACUAUGUUGUUUAGUAGUUGCAUUUGAUGUUUAAAACGUCAGUCUUCUUUGGCCUUCUUUUUACUUGCUAAUAAUGAGCUACUACAAUAUAUAUCAUAAUCAUCAUAUGUAUACAUAAUAAUAGUAAGUACCGGUAUUAUAAAUUGAUGGUAAUGUACAAAGACAUGGUUAUUUUUCUUCACAAAUUACUAUUGGGAAUUAUACCCUUUUUGUCAGUCCACAAAUUCUACAGUGAAUUUACUAAUAAUUAAAAAGUUCAUUGGCAUCGUCAAACAAAUUACAAAACAUAGGUACUGAUUUUAAACAGGUUUGCCCAAACACUCCCCAUAUACCAAACUGAGAAAUGUUUUAAUAAUACUACAAAUCCGUAUAGGAUCUGCAUACGACCAGCAUAAUGAGAGCUUGCCUGUUCAUGCUAAAUUUGGAUGAAAUAAUUUUAACAUCAUAUUUAAUAAGUUACUGCAUGUAGUUUGCGAGAGAGAGACUGAAAGGCAUUGCAGUGUUUAGUACAAAGAUGCUAACAUAGUUCUACUCAUGCAAAAAUGCUUGAAUCGUUUUGCAUAGGAACAUUAUAUGAAUGUUGCAUAUCUUGACUGAGUUGUUUAGUUUAAAUGCAUGAUGUUUAUAGGGUCUUAUAUUUGAACAAUGUGUGAUUAUUGUUUUUCGUUUGAAUUUAGUCAUUGGGUUUUAUCAUGCAUGCUGCUAUUUACACAAUGCACUCAGGUGUUUCUUUUUUUUGUAAUCCCUUCACAUCAUCUGUACCCUACUUAGUGGAUACAUUUUUUUAUUAGAUAUCACAUUCAAACUUACUUUUGCUUAUUUGUGAAACCACACACGUUUAUUUACUUUGGUCAUCCUCCAAAUUGUACUGAACAGUAAACAGUAAGCACUUAUGUAAAAUAUUUAGCCACUUCUUCAGGUAAAUAUCCUGUCAUAAACUUAUCAUUAUGGGAUAAAUUUAAAUGCAAGGUCCUUUCCUACUGAUUUGUAUCUGGAACAAAAAUCCACAUUUUCUGUUUAUGGUGUUUAUGCUAAAUACUGAGCAUGAACAAAAUGUAAUAUGUUAAUUAAACUCUAAUUUGAUUAAAAUAG